CUUAGAGCCCGAGCGGAGGUGGUGCGGAGCGUUUCUCCUCUCAGCGGCUCGGGAACCAGUGCGUGGUGCGGGGCCGCAGCUGAGCCUCUAGAUAGAAGGCGCAAGAGGUUGGCAGCUUCGAUUGAAGCACGUCGGGCGGCGACAGCAGCUAGAAGUCAUGAGCGACAGCGGCGAGCAGAACUACGGCGAGCGGGAAUCCCGUUCUGCUUCCAGAAGUGGAAGUGCUCAUGGAUCUGGGAAAUCUGCAAGGCAUACCCCUGCAAGGUCUCGCUCCAAGGAAGAUUCCAGGCGUUCCAGAUCAAAGUCCAGGUCCAGAUCUGAAUCUAGGUCUAGAUCCAGAAGAAGUUCUCGAAGGCAUUAUACAAGGUCACGAUCUCGGUCCCGCUCCCAUAGAAGAUCCCGUAGCAGAUCUUACAGUAGAGAUUAUCGAAGACGGCAUAGCCACAGUCAUUCUCCCAUGUCUACUCGCAGGCGUCAUGUUGGGAAUCGGGCAAAUCCUGAUCCCAACUGUUGUCUUGGAGUAUUUGGAUUGAGCUUAUACACUACAGAAAGAGAUCUAAGAGAAGUGUUCUCUAAAUAUGGCCCAAUUGCUGAUGUGUCUAUUGUAUAUGACCAGCAGUCUAGACGUUCAAGAGGAUUUGCCUUUGUAUAUUUUGAAAAUGUAGAUGAUGCCAAGGAAGCGAAAGAGCGUGCCAAUGGAAUGGAGCUUGAUGGACGUAGGAUCAGAGUUGAUUUCUCUAUAACAAAGAGACCACAUACCCCAACACCAGGAAUUUACAUGGGGAGACCUACCUAUGGCAGCUCACGCCGUCGAGAUUACUACGACAGGGGAUAUGAUCGAGGCUACGAUGAUCGGGACUAUUACAGCAGGUCAUACAGAGGAGGAGGUGGAGGAGGAGGAGGAUGGAGAGCUGCUCAAGACAGGGAUCAGAUAUACAGAAGACGGUCACCUUCUCCCUACUAUAGUCGUGGAGGAUACAGAUCACGUUCCAGAUCUCGAUCAUACUCACCUCGUCGCUAUUAAAGCAUGAAGUUGAAGACUUUCUGAAACCUGCCCUAGAGUUGGGAUAUUGUUUGUGGACAAUAUUUUUUAUUGUCUCCUGUUUAAAAAGUGAACAGUGCCUAGUGAAGUUAGGUGACUUUUACACCUUUUAUGAUGACUACUUUUGGUGGAGUUGAAAUGCUGUUUUCAUUCUGCAUUUGUGUAGUUCGGUGCUUUGUUCAAAGUUAAGUGUUUUCAGAAAAGUAUGUUUUGCAUGUAUUUUUUUACAGUCUAAAUUUUGACUGCUGAGAAGUUUCUAUUGUACAAAACUUCAUUUAAAUGGUUUUUCUACUGAAUCCAGGGUAUUCUGAAGAUCGAAGCCUGUGUAAAAUGCUACCAAAUGGCAAAAAGCAACAAUAAAGUUUGGUUUUUACUUUUCUUUCUAA